CUGUCAUACGUGUCUUGUUGAUUCGUUGACAGUGUUGACACUCAUUUGUAUUUGAUUCCAAACAAAUCCUACUGAACUAAUAUAAAUUAAGAAAUUAUAUUCACUCGAAUUUAAGAGAAAAAUGACUAACCAGGAUUCUAAAGAUAAAGAUGAUAGCGUUCCCAAGCCGACGAAAAUCAACAAAUGGGAUGGAUCUGCUGUAAAAAAUUCUCUAGAUGAUGCAGUUAAAGAGGUUCUAACUAAAAAAUAUAACUAUGUUGAAAAUUUUGCUCUUAUGGAUGGAAGAUUGUUAAUUUGUGGUAUAGCGGUAGGAGUUGCAAUGUUUGCAUUAGUUUGGGAUUAUUUGUAUCCAUUUCCUGAAUCAAAGCCUAUCCUUAUAUUUUCUGUCACAAUGUACUUCUUCAUGAUGGGUGUAUUAACAUUGUAUACAACAUAUAAAGAAAAAGGUAUAUUUGCUGUAUGUAUACAAAAGAACUCUAAAAAGGACAUAAUCUGGGAAGCAAGUUCUUAUUUGAAAAAGUAUGAUGAUAUUUAUCAUUUGAAAUUGAGCUGUAGAGAUUCAAAUGGAAAACUGAAUGAAACGUCAUCCAAAAAAAGUGUAGCAAAUUUUAUUAAUGAGCAGGGAUUUGUGGUGCCUGAGUUGGUAGAUGCAGAAGUUUCUAAACUACAUAAUUCGCUUUUACAUGACCGUAAAGAUAAAUAAAAAAUAUAUUUGUUAUUUAUGAUUUACGUUUUAUUUUUCUUUGAAAUUACUGUGGAAUUUUGUAAUACUUCACUAUACCAAUGUUUUAUUUCAAUAUUUUGAAGGAACUUUCUCAAGA